AUGGCCAAACUUUUGACUAUUCCUACUGACCUGACUGCCCGCAUGUCCUCGGCAGAGCUGCCGACUGCCAAAGAUGUACCCCUGUUACACAGCCCUUCGGGCAAGGUGUUCUCGAUACAGGUGAUGGUAACCGAUCAGGUCCACGUUAGGCCCUGGACGCACGCUAUAUAUGUCGGCGAAGGUGCCGCCAACGUCUUGUUCAUCGCGUUCCUCUACACAAAAUAUGAACGACAGCAUGAGAGCGACAGGACCGAGGCCGACCUGUUGACCAAGUUUCUAUUGAGGGUGCCAAAGGCAAAUAAAGACCCCGCUAAGCCCUUCUACCACCCAGCAGAGCAGUACCAGUAUUUCUGGGAAACAAUCGCUCCUCUAUUUACCUACCGCGCGGAUAUGUUGGCGGAAGUGACGUGGGCCAGGAUACACUCUGAAGCCAUCUUUCACCUCCGCAGAGUGCUGAAAAGCUUGGAAACGGGACCACCCGGGUCGAGAUUGCGGCCAGCCAAAUUUCGAGGCGACAAGAUUGCUGGGUGGGAUUUGGUCCUCAUGGUCGAGAGCAUGCGCGCGAGAAGCGAUGACGAGCGCGUCGUCGAGUUCAAGCCAAAGUGGCUGGCCCAGUCGCCAUCGGCCCCUAAAGACGCCAACACGUGCAGAUGCUGCGCGCUUGCGGCCAAAAAGUUUUCCGGCGGCAAAGACCGAGGCUUGAACCCGCAGGACUACCCCUGCCCCCUGUGGCUAGAUCCCGAGCGAGAGACACCUGGUGGGAAAGAAGGAGGGCGGCAGAAGGCCCUUCGACGCUUGUUCCAGAACAGCAGCCUCGGAGACAACAAGCACGCCUCCACCCUCUACGAGCUCCUGAAAAAGACGUCUAUUCUCACGCUCUUGAAGAAACACCAGUUGGCGAAGGAUCUUCGCGGACCACUGCUGGCAAGCAAGAACGAUAAAGAGUUCUGCACGGCAAUGACGCUGCGCGACUGCUCCCUCUUCAUGCGAUACAGGGUCAAGGACGUCGGCGGCCAUGAGACUGUCGUGGCGGAGUCCUUCGAGGCGAAACUUGCCGAUCUCGACAAAAAGAAUGCGGAUUGGAAGAUCAAUGAAUGGCGGGAUAAGGAACAGGCCUUAAUCGACGAAGGGUGGUACACGGGUCGCGGGGGCAUGAAGAACUGCGCCCUCCAGGCAUGA